AUGCCAUCCCGCGCCCAGAUUCACGCUACCCUUACCACACUACCCACCGGUCCCCCUCUUGUCAUCGCCAUCAUAGGCGGCACAUCGGGCAUCGGAUCAUACACAGCAAAGGUAUUCGCCUCCGUUUACCGCAACGCCGGAGUCAAACUUCGCGUCUACCUUGUUGGUCGCGACGCCUCACGCGCAGAGGCCUUGCUCACAGAUGUGCGCUCGACGAGUCCAGGUUCAGAAUGGCGGUUCUUGAAAGCGAAUGAUCUGGCGAUGAUGAGCGAUGUCGAUACCGUGUGUGCGCAGAUCAAGCGGUACGAGGAGGAAGAGCCGUUGAAGGGGGGAGGACCGAGGAUAGAUAUGUUGUACAUGAGUCAAGCGUUCUCACCUUUAGCACCGUCCGGUCCAACAAAAGAAGGACUAGACACUCAAAUGUCUCUCCUAUACUACUCCCGCAUCCGCUUCAUCCUCAACCUAACCCCACUCCUCUAUCGCUCUCAAAGUCCCUCAGGUGCCCACGUAAUAUCUAUUUUCGCAGGCACAAUGGAAGACCGCAUCGAUGCGAGAAACCUCCCUAUCGGCCCACCGCCGCCCAAGAAAUACGGCGUCACAUCGGUCCGCACGCACGUCUCUUUUAUGAAGACGUAUCUUUUCGAGGCCCUGGCCGAGAAACACGCUGGCAAGAUAUCUUUUAUUCAUAUUUACCCUGGGCUAGUUGAUGGGCCGGUAUUCUUGAGUCAUGUGAAUCCGUUGUGGUUCCGUAUUUUGUGGCGUGUAGCCAAGGUAUUGAUGGCUUGGUACAUGACGAGCCCCGAGGUUUGUGGGCAUGUCAUGGUGUUUUUGGGGUCUGGGAGAUAUCCUGCACAGGGCUUAGGUGUUGGGGCGGAUGACGGCAAGGGUAAUACGAAGGGCGAUAAAGAGGGAAAUGAUGUGGCAUUCAGUAGUAUGAGAGAAAGAGGCGGUGGUGCAUAUGCUGUCGGUCAGAGGGGUGAUGAGAAAAAGGAAGUGAGUUAUGCGAAGCUGAGGCAGAGUGACACUAGGGACAGAGUGUGGAAACAUACCAUGGGUGUGUUGGAAGGUGUCCAAGGAUUGACAAGAUAG